AUGUCAACUCCACGCAGGUAUUCUCCAAAUAUAAUAGUUACAGGUACGCCAGGGUGUGGUAAGUCUUCGCACUCGCAGUGUCUUGUUGACCAACUUAACCAAACCUUGUUUCAAGAGGGUACUGUGUAUCAUUUCAAGCACUUCAAUAUUAGUGAGGUUGCAAAAGAGCGCGAUUGUAUUGAGUCUUAUGAUAAAAAAAGAGAUACCCAUGUGGUGAAUGAAGACAAGUUGCUUGACUCUUUAGAACCGGAUUUACGAUCAGGUGGUGUUAUUGUUGAUUGGCAUUGUUGUGACAUUUUCCCCGAAAGACUCAUUGACUUGGUAAUUGUGUUGAAGACAGACAAUUCCAAAUUAUAUGAUCGAUUACAGAAGCGUAAUUAUAAGGAAUCCAAAAUACAGGAGAAUUUGGACUGUGAAAUUAUGCAGGUGAUUUUAGGCGAAGCAAGAGAUGCAUAUAUUCCAGAGAUUGUUAUUGAAUUGGAGAGUGAUACUGCCGAACAGAUGGACGAGAAUGUGGAUAGGAUUACAAGCUGGGUCAAGAACUGGAUUCAAGAUCAUCCCAAGGGUGUGACUAACGAGUUAGAAGAUGGUGCUCAUAGUGAUAAAUCAGAAGAAGAAGAAAAAGGAGAAUAUUCCGACGAAAGUUUUGAUUCCGAUGAUGCCGAUGAAGAUGAAAGUGAGAGUGAAGAAGAUGAAGAAAACAAUUCAGAUGCAGCAUUCAAUACAGACAAUGAAGAUCCUGCAAAUGUAGAAGAUGGAUUAAAUGAUGAUGAAAAGACAACACUCGAACAAGAAGAGCAAGAUCAAGAGCAGGCAAGAGAAGAGGGAGAAGAAGCCACUAACGAAGAAAUGGAACACACUGAAGACAUUGCACAAUAG